AUGUCUAUCAUCAUGGGUCGUCUAGUUCUUUCGACAAUUAUGUUCACUGUCAUUCUUUUCUUUAUAUCUAUUACUAGCAGGGCAUUGCGAAAAGAUUCGACUUGGAUGCUUCCAGCCUGGGAGAUCAAGCAGUGGCAAGAGUCAUACAGCUCCAGUGCAGUAUUAUAUGAGAAGCUGGCCUUAGCCGAGAGACUUUGGAAGCAGACCAUCGAGAACCGCAAGCAAAUGCUGGAUGAAUCAGGUAGCGGCAGGACAUUUCCAGAUGGAUAUAUCUAUCCAUACAAUGUCUGGGACUUUGCAAGGCCCAGUUUCUUCUGUCCGCAUGAUAUGGAACGCGUAGGCACCUUGGGCGAUGGUGGCAAAGUUGUCUGCGGGAUGUCACGUUAUGAGAAGACGUCUCCUGGUCCAUCCUCGGAGCAAAAUAUCGCACCGCCUCUGAUUGUUUACUCAUUUGGCGUAAACGACGACUCCAGCUUCGAGGCUCGUCUGCUGGAAAGAACCAACGCUGAGAUCUGGGGCUACGACUAUUCUGUUGACGCAUGGGCUAAGGAUAUCCGCCGCUCUCAGCUCUCAAGGGCGCAUUUUAAGAAGGCUGGACUCGGCAAGAAAACGGACGAGAAAUCCAACCCGCCGUUCUACACUGUUCAGGAUCUCAUGCAUGCCAAUGGGCACAACUACGUGGACAUUGUCAAGAUGGAUAUUGAAGGGUUUGAGUUCGACGUUCUGAGCUCCCUCACGGCAUUUCUGAGGAGCACGACAGGCGAUAAUGACAAUACCACCUCCACGAUCCCAUUCGGACAGCUUUUGGUUGAAAUCCAUCUCUUUCCUGGUGCUACAAAUUUUCACGUUCCGAAGGACAUCCACGAAUGGAUUCAAUGGUGGACCGAGCUUGAGGAGCUCGGUUUAAGGCCCGUUAACAAUGAAGAUAACUGGAUCGGCGAUAUUGGCCAGGGGAAGCCUUGGUUCAUGGAAUACACAUUGAUCAACGCUGUGGAUACGCAAAGAAAUAAGUUACUGUGGGCUUAA